AUGUCGAGUAGACGGAUAUCGGAAGAUGGAAACCUUCCAAUGUUUCCGAAUAUACUAGCUAAUGGUGUGAAUAUGGACCCAAUAUUUUCAUUUUAUUUAAGUCGGGAAAACGGUGAAGGAAUCGGUGGUGAAUUGGUACUUGGUGGUGUAAAUCCUAAAUAUUUCAAGGGUGAUUUUGAAUAUGUACCUACUAUUCACAAUCAUAUGUGGGCGAUUCAAAUGUUAAGUUUGCAAAUAAAUGGGAUAAACUUUUGCAACAUAUGUUCUGCUGUUAUUGAUACUGGAACAUCUUUAAUUAUUGGACCAAAUGAACAAGUGAAAAGAAUCAAUUCUUUACUUCAUGCUUUUGACAUUUUUGGAAGAAAAUUCAUUGACUGUGGUCGAAUCGAUAUGCUUCCUUCGAUUGAAUUCAUAUUUCAUAGGAAAAAGUACAUUCUGAAACCACAACACUAUGUAGUCAAGGUGCAUACAAGUAAUCCAUUUUGUCUUAAACAAUGCUAGUCACUGUACCAGUUAUGAGAUAGACAUGUUUGAUACAGAAUUGUUUGUUAAAAUUAUGAAGUUCCAGUCAGUUUGAAGUUGUAAUAGGUAAGAUUGUUUUGAAAAGGUACAUCUCAAUGAACAGGUCAAUUUAAUUCAUAUGAAACCUUUAUAUAAAAUUAUUGGUGUAUUUCAUAACCGAAAUCACGCAAUCUACACUAAACUUUAGAGUUAGCGAUUGACAUAUUUAUACCACAGUAAAUUCCCACGUCCGUUUGUUAGCUGGCUAACGUAGAUGGACGAAUAACACUAUCAUAAUAUUUCUUUUUUAGGACACAUGUAGAGGUAAUUUCUCAAAAAUACAGCUAUAUGGGAAUAAGAAAAUGUUAAUACAAAUUUAAUAGUAGUUUAGUCAAAAAGAACACGAGUGGGGAUAAUCGAAUGUAUUAGAACAUAAAAUUACAGAACAAGUUAUUAAAAUCUAAGAACCAUACUGUAAAUACUUCAUUUGCAAAAUAUCAGUCAAUCGUCUCAGACUUUAUUGUUCCUUCGUUUCCACACCAAUCAGUCUCUGUUCUCAUUCUCCUUUCUCCAAUUUUCCUAACAUUCUGCUGCCAGGUAUUUCACUUUCGAUUGAUGACACAUACUACUUAUAUCUAUCUACAUCAGUAGCACACACCACAAUAGUACUUAAACCAUUAGUGGAUUAAGCUCAUCAUCGUUUACUGUGAACAGAAAAUUAAAACAUAGAAUUUUCUGUGCAUUGUAUAAAAUAUUAGUAUUACGAAAAUUUAGGAGUAAAGAAUGAGCUAAAUAGACCACAUCAUUUUUAAUUUUUAGUAAGCUGAGAGUGAGGAAGAUUUUGUUACAAAUAACUGUUUUGAAUAAAGUAUAUAUGAUGAAAAACAAUCCACUGUGUGCAUUACUAACUUAAUGCAAUCAUUUAAAACAUUAAUGCUUAUUAAAUUCUAAGUUUAAACUGAUGUCAACAUAAUCCAUGUGAAGUAAUGUGAAGAAAGGCGAUCUCAGAGAAAACAUGAAUCAUUAGUUUCUUAUUGAGUGAUGCAUAUUACAAUUUGUAAUCAACAACUAACCAGAUCAAGGAAAUGAUUGCUAAUCUUUGAAUAAUCUUUCAGACGGUCACUAUUCAGACGAACAAGAUGGAAACAAUUUGCUUCCAUACUAAUGUAUUUUUUGUUCAAUUACAGGAGACCGAAUUAUUUAAAACAAUUUGUUUGUCACCUUUUCAAUCUCGUCUUUCGUUACCUUCUAACUAUUGGGUUCUUGGUGACGUUUUUAUGGGAAAAUUCUAUACUGUAUUCGAUUUCGG